CGCGAUGUCAACAGCUACAGCAACGACCACAACUCCCACAACAACCGAAAGCAUAACCACGCCAACCACUACUGCGACGUCAACUUCUACUGCAACUACUACAACUCCCACGACAACCGGAACCACCACCACGCCGACCACUGCUGCGGCAUCACCCACUACCGCGACGUCAACUACUACUGCAACGACUACAACUCCCACGACAACCCAAAGCACAACAGCUCCGACCACUACCGUGACGUCAACUACUACAGCAACGACAACAACUCCCACGACAACCGAAACAACCACCACCCUGACAACAACGACAACAACUCCCACGACAACCCAAAGCACAACAGCUCCGACCACUACCGAGACGUCAACUACUACAGCAACGACUACAACUCCCAUGACAACCGAAACCACCACCAUGCCGACCACUACCGCGACGUCAACCACUACUGAAAUGACCACAACUCCCUUGACAACCGAAACCACCACCACGGCGACCACUGCCGCGAUGUCAACAGCUACAGCAACGACCACAACUCCCACAACAACCGAAAGCAUAACCACGCCAACCACUACUGCGACGUCAACUUCUACUGCAACUACUACAACUCCCACGACAACCGGAACCACCACCACGCCGACCACUGCUGCGGCAUCACCCACUACCGCGACGUCAACUACUACUGCAACGACUACAACUCCCACGACAACCGAAACAACCACCACCCUGACAAGUACAACGAUGUCAACUACUACUGAAACGACAACCACUCCCACGACAACCGGAACCACCACCAUGCCGAACACUGCCCCAUAG